AUGGCCCUGUCUUCGUGGGAGUUGUCCUGGGAGCUGGCUGAGGCGGUAGCCUUGGGCCGUGUGUUGAUGGUGGGCGAUGGCGGCAUAGGCUGCGAGCUCCUCAAUUACCUGCUGCUCACCGGCUUCUCCCACAUCAAUCUGAUUGAUCUGGAUACAGUCCAUGGCAGCAACCUCAACCGGCAGUUUUUGUUUCAAAAGAGGCAUGUCAGGAGAUCAAAAGCACAGGUUGUCAAAGAAAGUGUACUUCAGGUUUAUCGGAAAGCCAAUAUUGUAGUUCACCACGACAGCAUCUUGAACCCUGACUAUAACGUGAAGUUUUUUCGGCAGUUUAUAUUGGUUAUGAAUGCACUAGCUAUCAGAGCUGCCCGAAACCAUGUUAACAGGAUGUGUCUGGCAGCCGAUGUUCCUCUGAUUGAAAGCAGAACUGCCGGUUAUCUUGGCCAAGUAACUACUAUAAAAAAGGGUGUGACUGAGUGUUAUGAGUGUCAUCCCAAGGUGACCCAGAGAACCUUCCCAGGCUGCAUGAUCUGGAACACGCCCUCAGAGCCCAUCCACUACAUCGUCGGGGCAAAGUAUUUAUUCAACCAAUUGUUUGGAGAAGAAGACGCUGAUCAAGAAGUGUCACCUGACAGAGCUGACCCUGAAGCUGCCUGGAAACCGGCAGAAGCCGAAGCCAGAGCCUGCGUCCAGGAUGGUGACAUUAAGCGCAACUCCUCUAAGGAAUGGGCCAAGUCCACUGGAUAUGAUCCGGUGAAACUGUUCACCAAGCUUUUUAAGGAUGAUAUCCGGUAUCUCUUGUCAAUGGAUAAGCUGUGGCGCAAGAGGAAACCUCCGGUUCCAUUGGAUUGGGAGGAAGUACAAUGUCAAGGAGAAGAAACUCGUGCCUCAGAUCAACAGAAUGAAUCCCAGUUAGGUCUGAAAGACCAGCAAGUUCUAGAUGUAAAGAGUCUGAAAGUCUUCUCCAAGAGCGUUGAGACCUUGAGAGUGCAUUUAGCAGAAAAGGGGGAUGGAGCCAAGCUCAUAUGGGAUAAGGAUGACCCAUCUGCCAUGGACUUUGUCACCUCAGUUACAAAUCUCCACAUGCAUAUUUUCAGCAAGAAUAUGAAGAGCAGAUUUGAUAUAAAAUCAAUGGCUGGAAACAUUAUACCUGCCAUCGCUACUACUAAUUCAGUCAUUACUGGACUGAUAGUGUUGGAAGGAUUGAAGAUUUUAUCCGGAAAAAUAGACCAGUGUAGAACCAUUUUUUUUUUUUUUAAUAAGCAGCCAAACCCAAUGAAGAAGCUCCUGGUGCCUUGUGCGCUGGAUCCACCCAACUCCAAUUGCUACGUGUGCGCCAGCAAGCCAGAGGUGAUGGUGCACCUCAAUGUCCAAAAAGUGUCCGUCCUCACCUUGCAGGACAAGAUAGUGAAAGAAAAAUUUGCUGUGGUGGUACCAGAUGUCCAAAUUGAAGAUGGCAAAGGAACCAUCUUGAUAUCUUCAGAAGAAAGUGAGACUAAAGCUAAUAACCAUAAAAAGCUGUCCGAAUUUGGAAUUAGAAAUGGCAGCCGCCUUCAAGCAGAUAACUUCCUCCAGGACUACCCGUUGUUCAUCAAUGUCCUGCACAGCGAAGACCUACGACAGGAUGUCGACUUCGAAGUUGUGGGUGAUGCCCCAGAAAAAGUGGGUCCCAAGCCAGCCGAAGAUCCUCCACAGCACAAGAGCAAGAUGACGUGCUCAUAG